AUGCAAGGUAUAGCUGGUUUAGUUCUGAUGCCGCACAGAACAAUUGAAACAAGUUGCUCUAUAAGUUCAGCUGCCCCAACGGAUGCUAAGGCAGGAGAAAAAAAUGUGUCUCCUUCGAAGUCAACAGAAGCUACAGUGAAAGAAGGUAUUGUUUGUCAACAGUUAAAGCAAUAAAUAGAAUAUGCUUAUGGUAGGGAGAGACCUUGGCAUUUAACCAGUGUACAUACUUCUUACUUCAUGUCAAAUUAUAACCAACAUUAUGCUUGAAGAUGUACCUGAUCACUACAAGCACCCGGUAGUGAGUCAAAUAUUAUUGUAAAUGGAAUGGUCGAUUCAGCAGUUCAUCCUAAAUGAGGUGUACAAGUUAAGAACAAGCCAAAUUCACAGACGAUCCUGUAUUAUUUUGCUUAUGUCAAGCACUUGUUUUGUCAGAUAAACAGCCAAAGACGUUUGCUCAAGCAGGCAUCAGUCAUCAAGAUGAAGCAAAAAUUAACUGUUCAAAACCUCCUGGAGGAAACCACAUCAGAGAUUUGAUUUUAUCAUUUGAUAAAGGUAGAUUUGUCUUACAUAUAGUCGUAUUGCAGUAAUAUUUUUUUGUGAAAAAAACUUUUAGUAGUUGGUGAAAACUGAUCAGCAGCCUAAACAGCAAUAAUAUUAUUACAUAAAAUGGGUCGUCUUAAUUUUAUGAUUUUCUAAGAUGCACUUUCAUGCAAACAUUGACAGCUUAGACAGAAUCCUUCAAGAAAUUGAGUAAUUUUAAUUUUCAGUGGACAAAAGCCUUGUACCAGAAUAAUCUCAAUCAUAUUGCAUUCUUUUUUCCACUUUUCGAGGGCUAUAAAUGUAAUAAGUUAUAUGAAAUAAAUCCAAAGAAAAGGUUCUAAAGAUAACAUGAGAAAACAAACUUCAAGAGCUUCAAAUGUCACAAAAUGAAAUCUUAAACCCAUGAUAAUUUUACCUGUGUUUUCUCAAUUCCUGUGAAAUUUAAAAUUUAUUUUCUUGGGCUCCCAUAAACAUUAUCUUGUUCUAGUUCUUGUCUCUCCUAUUUGCAGUUCCUAUAGUUCUCAGUAGCAAUCAUACAUCACCAGCGACAAAAUCCAGACGCCUCAUCCAGGAUGGAGAUCGUUACAUUUUCCUGGUGGAAGACAACAGAAGCUCCAAAGUCAGUUCCUCCAAUGUGGGAGCUGAUUCAAGGGCUGCUAGAUCAACAGAUGAUGACACAGAGGUUACAGCGCAUGACGAGGAAGAAGAGGAGACUGGUAAGUUUCAUUUUGAGAUUUGCUUGUAGUCCUGCAGUGCCCUCUUUAUCAGGUGGUAACUGGUAAAAUUUACGGUCAGAAGUUACACUUCUUACUGCCUGCAACUGCUUGAAGGUUUACUAAAAUGAAAUGGGUAGUUUUGAAAAAUAUGUAAGUUGUGAUCCGAUCUGAUCAAUGAAAUGAAUGAAUAUAUGGAAAAGUUCUUAAGAAUACACAGCUUUUCUUUUUAUGGGCCAUGCAUUUUGGAAAGAGAACAUUGAAGACAGCCCCAGAGGGGUACUCCCAUACAUUACAUAUACGGGUAUGUGCCGGCCAACGGGGUCGUGAUUUUGAAGCUCCUGAUUUAGAACGGGGUAUCUAUUUCAGAGGCGUUUUCUAGAACGGGGUAUAAAAAAUUGUGGAUCACGGCUUUAUCUUCUGCUUAAAAUUUAUUGUUGCUGAUUAUGAAGAAGCAUUUGUUUGAUGUAUAAGUCGAACAAAUAUAGAAAUAUCUUUUUAAAAAAAACAGGGCUAUUUCAAUUUACAAACUUUCUGGAACGGAGCAUAAAAAAUUGGCCCAUUUCUAGAACGGGGUGUCAGUUUUAGGGCGAAUUCUACAACAGGGUAUAAAAAAUUGCCCCAUUUCUAGAACGGGGUAUCAAUUUUAGAGGAAAUUUUUUUUAGAACAGGGUGCCAAUUUGGAGUCCCGGGCGGCACAUACCCACCCAAAAAAUACCCAAGUGCCCCCCCCGGGAAGACAGCAUAAAAUUAUUGGGAUAAAUUGCUGUCUAAAGAUAACAAUGGCUGAUUUGAGGAAAAGAGGUCCUAAAAUGAGAGAAUGACAUUUCAAAGAACUUAGCUCCUCCUGUGGUGGGGCCAUGUCUCUCACUCCGCUACCCUCCUCCCCCAGAAAAGUGCACCUCUGGGGCAUAUUUUUGCCUUACCAGUCAUGAAUGAUUCCUUACCUGCCGAGCUAAAAUUCAGGGAGAACAUUGGUCCUGGGCUGAGGGGGGAGAAGAUGCUGACAUAUGCAGUAUGGCAUGGAUUUUUAGCUGCCCAGCCUUUAGAUUUAUUUGUAGAAAUAGACCAUAACCAGCUAACACAAUACUGUAAUUUGCCAAUUUUUCUGUAAAUGGGAUGUCAUGUUCUUGGAGUUUUAGCCUUACAACAGACAGGGCUUGCUGUCACAAAGGGCUGCUGACCAUGAAUUUCCCCUGGUUCACACUAUGGGCAUAAACUGCAGCUACACCCCAGGGGGGGCACUGCCAAAUAUGGGCUAUAUAGGUAUGUGCCGCUGUGAAGGGUAUGGUUUUCAAGCAGUUUACUCUAGGAUAGGGUAUAUAAAUCAGAGCGUUUGGGUCUAGAAUAGAUUAUUAUUUUUCAAGAAACUAAUCAGUUGGUUGAAGAUUUUAUCUAGACUAGGGAAACAGCUACUCUAGGAUAGGGGGGAUUUGGGAGUUUACUCUAGUAUAGGGUAGCAAAAUUCAGCUGAACUAGCUCUGGUAUAGGUUAAGGGUUCCAGGGUCCCAGCGGCACAUCCCCACCCUGAAAUUCCUAAAGUACCCCCCCCUGGAGCUACACUGAGAUGAAACAAAGGGAAAAUAGAACCAAAAAAAACUUGUUCAAGCUGUUCAAUUUCCCAUAGCUUCCACGUGAGGGGCGUAGCCAGCCCAUAGACCUGUAGGACCUGGGUUGAUCACUCUACCGCUUGUUAUAAAUUAUGUGUUGUUGGGGUGAGCUAAACAGCUUAAGAACUCAAGGUCUUGGUGAGGUUAGCACAUACUAGCAGGAGCCCAUCAAAUUUGAUGGGCUCCUGAUACUAGUCAUACUAGUUAUGCGUGCAAUUUUCAGCCAGGCCUACAACUAGUCAAAUGCUGGCCACGCCCCUGCCCUUAUGAAUUAUUGUAUAGUACCCCUCCCCCCUCUCCAGGGCCUAACCUCCACUGAGCAAUCCAGUCAUUAACUUUAUGAUAAAUAUAAGUUCUUCUAGUGGAUGCAUUUCAUUUAAUUCAAGUGCUCCACUAAUUUUGGGUGUGCUGGCGACAUCUUAGAAUUUUCAGAUGGGGGAUCUGAAGGUUCACUGGAGGAUGUGCGUCAACACCACGGAAUAAUUAAGACACAGAAGCAAGAUGAUCCUGAUUACCUCACUCUGUUUGAAGCUCAUCAACGCAGACUGGAGGAUGUGGGAUCCCCAUCACCAGGUACUGUGAGUUAA